AUGGCGGACGAUGAAGACAAGCUCGUGACCAAGCCGUUCAAAUUUGUCACCGGCUUCGAUGCGCGAUUCCCCAACCAGAACCAGACCAAGCACUGCUGGCAAAACUAUGUCGACUACCACAAAUGCAUCUUAGCCAAAGGCGAAGACUUCGCUCCUUGCCGUCAGUUCUUCCUUGCCUACCGGUCACUUUGCCCUAGUGCUUGGUGCGAACGCUGGGACGACCAGCGAGAGAAUGGCAACUUCCCGGUUGAUCUUGAGUAG